AUGAAUUCAGCAUCCCCACAGUUCGUUUCCUCGAGAAGGAUGAGCGUGUUCGAUCCAAUCCACCAGAUUAGUAUGUGGGGAGAAGGCUUCAAAAGUAAUGGUAAUUUAAGUGCAUCCAUGCCUUUAAUUGAUGAGGCAGACAUGAAGUUAGACAGUCAGUCAGAGGAUGCUUCUCAUGGUAUAUUGGGAGCACCUAAUAAGUAUGACCAAGAAGCUAACAAACCUACUGAUAAGAUACAAAGACGUCUUGCACAAAAUCGAGAGGCUGCUCGUAAGAGCCGUUUGAGGAAAAAGGCCUAUGUGCAGCAGUUAGAAUCAAGUCGUUUGAAGUUGAUGCAGUUGGAGCAAGAGCUUGAACGUGCUAGACAGCAGGGGAUGUAUAUAGGUGGUGGAUUGGACUCUAAUCAUCUGGGUUUUGCUGGAUCGGUAAAUUCAGGAAUUACAACCUUCGAGAUGGAGUAUGGACACUGGGUGAACGAGCAAAAUAGGCAAAUCACAGAACUGAGAACUGCUUUAAAUGCUCAUAUUGGUGACAUAGAGCUCAGGAUUCUGGUAGAUGUUAUGAUGAACCACUAUGCUGAAAUCUUUCGUAUGAAAUCUGCUGCUGCCAAAGCAGAUGUUUUCUAUGUCAUGUCUGGUAUGUGGAAAACAACAGCUGAAAGAUUUUUCUUGUGGAUCGGAGGCUUUCGCCCCUCUGAGCUUCUAAAGGUUCUUGGGCCCCUCAUUGAACCCCUCACAGACCAACAGCGGUUGGAUAUCUAUAACCUUGGACAAUCAUGUCAGCAAGCAGAAGAUGCCCUAUCACAAGGUAUGGACAAACUCCGGCAAACACUUGCUGAUAGUGUAGCAGCUGGACAGUUAAUGGAAGGAACUUACAUUCCACAGAUGACCUCUGCAAUGGAGAACUUGGAAGUUCUGGUGAGCUUUGUGAACCAGGCUGACCAUCUUCGGCAAGAAACCUUGCAGCAGAUGUCUCGAACACUUACAAUCCGUCAGGCGGCUCGAUGCUUGCUUGCUUUGGGGGAAUAUUUCCAACGCCUGAGGGCUUUGAGCUCACUGUGGUCUAAUAGACCCCGUGAACCUGCUUAG